GAGUGCUGCUCGGCACCCCACUAACUCUUUUGCAAAGUGCAGGUGUGAGCUCCCAGUGUGGUUGGCAAUGGCUGAAGAAGAUCCAGAGGGCCCCGGAAGCCCAAUCUCUCUCUCUUUUUCAGGUAGUGGGUUUCUUAUAAACUACCAAGUAGGAGUGGUGCAGGCUUUAUGGGAAUUGGCACCUGAAAUACUGAGAUCAGCAUCCAAGGUCUACGGAGCAUCGUGUGGGUCAGUUGUAGCUGCAUUAGUGGCAUGUGAAGUUGAUGUAGGUCUGAUAGAAGAAUUUUUUCAUGAAGCUAUGGAAGAAGUCAGGAAAGCGAGUAUUCUCACCCUUUGUCCAGGUCACUGUAUGCUUCGGAUCAUAGAGAAGGGGCUGCGUAAAGAGCUGCCGGAGAACUCACACCAGCUGGCUUCGGGGAAGCUUUGCAUUUCCCUCACGCGCUUGUUGGACUUACAGAACGUCAUCAUUUCAGAGUACAGAUCGAAGGAGGAGCUCAUACAGGCAGUGAUCUGUAGCUGCUUCCUUCCUAUCUAUUGUGGAUUCAACCCUCCCUCCUUCCAAGGCGUGCGCUACGUUGAUGGAGGUAUGACUAACGUGCAGCCUGGCUUGGACUCGGAUACCGUGAUCACAGUAUCCCCUUACACAGGAGAGGUCGACAUCUGCCCGAGGGACUGCCCUGCCUAUUUCAGCUGCAUUAGCUUCUUCCAAAGCACCUUCCAGCUCUCAGUUGAGAACUUGUGCAGGUUUAGUUAUAGUAUUUUCCCACCCAGUCCUCCGGUGCUCCGUGAGUUUUAUUUACAAGGAUAUCACGAUGCCAUUUUCUUCUUACAGAGGCACAGGGAGAACGGGACAGUAAAUGGAACGGACAAGAAAAUACCGCAGCAGACGCCUGUGCGCUGUGACAAAGCGGUAGCUCUGCCUGCCCCGAAGAGCCAGGAGACGCCUGGAUCCUUGGGCUCAGCUGCUGAGGUCACAUCACAGCAUCUUGUGCCAUGCAAACUUCACAUGGACACGUCACUUCCUCUCAGUGAUAGGUAACUACUGACGAGGGCUGUUCUGGAAAAUCUAAACCAGGGUGACUUCUUAUUAAAAGCCUUCAAAAGUGAUGGACCAAGUGAAGAUGCUGUUUCCUUGCGCAGAACCCACAGCUGCCAUUGACUUCAGCUGAGAUCAUGGGUGCUCUGGAAAUCAGGCUUUACAUGUAUAAAUAAUAUAUAGGUAAAGAAAUGGGAUUAACACAGCGUGAAUUGUGACACCAGGUAACCUAAUAGCCUAAGGCCCCUCUGCCAUGUACAUUGGCCAAACCGGACAGUCUCCACGUAAAAGAAUAAAUAGACACAAAUAAGACGUUAAGAAUUAUAACAUUCAAAAACCAGUUGGAGAACACUUCAUUCUCCCUGGCCACUUGAUUACAGACCUAAAAGUUGCAAUAUUACAACAAAAAAACUUUAAAAACAGACCCCAACGAGAGACUGUUGAAUUGGAAUUAAUUUGCAAAUUGGACACCAUUAAAUUAGGCUUGAAUAAAGACUGGGAGUGGAUGGGCCAUUACACAAAGUAAAACUAUUUCCCCAUGUUUAUGCCUCCCCCUCCCCCACAGUUCCUCAUAUCUCCUUGUCAAUUGUGGGAAAUGGGCCAUUUUCAUUACCACUACAAACAGUUCUUUUUCUCUCCUGCUGAUAAUAGCUCACCUUAACUGAUCACUGUCCUUAUAGUGUGUACGGUAACACCCAUUGUUUCAUGUUCUCUGUGUAUAUAUAUAUCUUCCUUCUGUAUUUUCCACUACAUG